GGGAGGGUUCCUCCUGCAACGGCCCCUCGCCAGCGAUGGGGGAGCCCGGCGGCUACAAGUGCGUCGAGUGCAGCCGGGAGGCUCCUGAGCUCUACAGGGACUAUCAGCGCGGGGUGCUGCGCCUCGCCAUCUGCAAAUCCUGCCAGAAACCUGUGGACAAGUACAUUGAGUAUGAUCCUGUUAUCAUCUUGAUUAAUGCCAUCUUAUGCAAAACACAGGCUUACAGGCAUAUUCUUUUCAAUACACAGAUAAAUAUUCAUGGGAAGCUUUGCAUAUUUUGUUUGCUUUGUGAAGCUUAUCUCAGGUGGCUGCAGCUACAGGAUUCAAGCCAAAACACAGACCCUGAUGACUUAAUCAGAUAUGCUAAAGAAUGGGAUUUUUAUAGAAUGUUUGGAAUUGCUUCUUUAGAACAAACUGCAUUUUUGGUUGGCGUCUUUACUGCCCUUUGGCUAGCAAAACCUGAGAGCCUGAAAACAAAGUCAGACUUCAUCUUUCUUCUGAAAGCCCUGUUGUUGUCUAGCUAUGGAAAACUUCUACUGAUUCCUGCUGUUAUUUGGGAACAUGACUAUACGCCUUUGUGCCUCAAACUCAUAAAAGUAUUUGUCCUGACAUCAAACUCUCAAGCGAUUAGAGUUACCGUGAAUUUAAGCCAAAAGCUCACUUUGCUGGCCAUCUUGAGUGGAUUUGUUUUGGAAAAUGGUGUAGUCUACUUCUUCCAGAGAAUGGGAUGGAAUGUUUGAAAAGGCAGCCCAGUGUCCAUUUUCUAAAUCUUGGAUUACGUUAAAAAUCUAAAGAAAAACCAACAUGGUACAUUCUCAAAGAUAAUCCUCCUGCAGCAAGCCUCAAAUCAGCCUCAAAUAGUUUAUAUGAACAAAAACUUUCCAUGAUGAUGAUUGACUGGAAACAGUUAUAUGAUUUAAAAUGAGAAACUCCAGUAGUCUGGCUACAAUGUGUUUAUACCAGAAAACUUCAGUCUGAACUUGCUUACAUUCCCACCAAAAAUAUGAGUGUGCUGCUACCCUCACAGCUUUCAUAGAUCCAGCUGUAUCAGGAAAAUGGAUGCUAAAAAUUUCAAUACUACCAUCAAUCGUUACUUCGGAUGUUUUUUCAGAAGGAGCUGGAUGAGAGAUUUUCCUUAGAAGGGAAAAGGAGUAACUGCAAAAAUUGAAACGGGAAAACAAAACCAGUACUUUCUAAAAGAGUCAUGAACAGAUAAAGAACUAAGUAUGGCCAGAAUCGACUGUUCUGUUAUACAGUACAAUUACAAUGGACAGACUAAGCUUCACUCUUGGAUGUUUGCGAAACAAGCAAAACAAUAAAGGAGCUAUUUUAAUCUACAAAAUUUAAUAUUUGUGACUGUUUUAAAGGACGUGUUGAAAACCCUAAA